GCGCGUGUGUUGGCUGCUCGUGCACGCGCAACGGUGUGAGGUGAGGAGGCCCACGCCGGUGAUUAAUUACAGCCCGGGCCUCGGUGACAGAGGAGGGGGCUCUCCCACUGCUGUCUGCGGCCGGCACGCAGGGAGACCCGGCCCGGCUAAUUGACCCGGCUUCUGUAAGGCCAUCCAUCAAGCGUGGCCCGAGUGGCCCCGUAAGAAACACAUUAUUCUGAGGAGGAGGAGGGAGACUGGAGUGGAGAGCAGUGACUGAGGGAAGUGUACUUGAGCGAUUGAGAGAGGGAGCCUGUGUGAGCAUUGGAGAGAGAGAGAGGGAGAGAGAGAGUUGCGCUGCAGUAGCAUCCCACAGCAGACGGCUGAGGACUGCCGAUGUGUGUGUGACUGCACUGCUGAAGAGGAGGAGGAGGAGUAGGAGGCAGAGGGUGAGCACGCUCGCAGACUCCGCAGGAACACACGGCAGCGGCAGAGGCAGCAGCAGCAGCGGCAGCGCUACUGUUGGCCCGAACCAGGUGGUCCCCCGCAGUCCCACCACCGCUCAGGAUCUGCACACGCCAACCACGACACCGCCCCGACCCACGCCGCCACCAGCGCCAUGGCACAGGCGGCCAAACAUCUCCGCAAGAACAAGGAUUUAGAAGCCCAGCUAGAGCAGGAGCGCAAAGAGAAGGAGGAGGAGAGGUUUAAAAAGAGGAGUCGCUCGCGGGAUAAAAAGCGCAAGGCCCACGCCGUGCAUCGCUGGCUAAUCGAUCAGGACAGUAGUGUGAGCUCUGAGAUGCCGGAUGGCCAAGGAGUAUGGCACUAUGAUGAUGAAGCAGAUGCUGGCAACAGUUUUCUCAGAGCGGCCCGUUCUGGCAACCUGGACAAGGCCCUGGACCACAUCAAAAACGGCAUUGAUAUAAAUACAGCCAAUCAGAAUGGGCUCAACGGGCUGCAUCUGGCCUCUAAAGAAGGCCAUGUCAAAAUGGUGCUGGAGCUGCUCCACAAUGGAAUCGUUCUGGAGACAACCACAAAGAAAGGGAACACGGCCCUGCACAUUGCGGCCCUGGCGGGGCAGGAGCAGGUGGUCACAGAGCUGGUUAACUACGGGGCCAAUGUCAACGCUCAGUCCCAGAAGGGUUUCACUCCACUCUACAUGGCUGCGCAAGAAAACCAUCUAGAGGUUGUGAAGUUUCUUCUGGAGAAUGGAGCCAAUCAGAGCAUUCCGACUGAGGAUGGAUUUACUCCUCUCGCCGUGGCUCUGCAGCAGGGACAUGAAAAUGUUGUAGCCCUGCUCAUCAACUAUGGCACCAAGGGAAAGGUCCGCCUCCCCGCGCUGCACAUUGCUGCACGCAAUGAUGACACACGCACAGCCGCGGUGCUUCUGCAGAACGACCCCAAUCCUGAUGUGCUCAGCAAGACUGGAUUCACACCCCUCCACAUUGCUGCACACUAUGAAAACCUGAAUGUAGCUCAACUGCUGCUCAACAGAGGAGCCAAUGUCAACUUCACUCCAAAGAACGGAAUCACGCCUCUUCACAUUGCAUCCAGAAGGGGGAAUGUGAUCAUGGUCCGACUCCUGCUGGACAGAGGGGCGCAGAUCGAUGCCAAAACCAAGGAUGAGCUGACUCCUCUGCACUGUGCGGCCAGAAACGGUCAUGUCAGGAUUAUAGAGAUCCUGCUGGACCAUGGGGCCCCCAUCCAGGCAAAGACCAAGAAUGGCCUGUCUCCAAUCCACAUGUCAGCGCAGGGCGACCACAUGGACUGCGUCAAGCAGCUCCUGCAGUACAAUGCAGAGAUUGAUGACAUCACACUGGACCACCUCACUCCUCUGCAUGUGGCAGCACACUGCGGCCACCACCGCAUGGCUAAAGUACUGCUGGACAAAGGGGCCAAACCCAACUCUCGGGCACUGAAUGGUUUCACUCCUCUGCAUAUUGCUUGUAAAAAGAACCACAUGCGGGUGAUGGAUCUCCUGCUCAAACACUCUGCAUCAUUAGAGGCUGUGACUGAGUCGGGCCUGACCCCUCUGCACGUGGCAUCAUUCAUGGGUCAUCUCAACGUUGUGAAGAUCCUGCUUCAGAAAGGAGCUUCCCCCAGCGUCUCCAACGUGAAAGUGGAGACUCCUCUCCAUAUGGCAUCUCGUGCAGGACACCAUGAGGUGGCAGAGUUUUUACUGCAGAAUGCUGCACCGGUGGACGCCAAGGCCAAGGACGACCAAACCCCUCUGCAUUGCGCUGCUCGGAUGGGCCACAAGGAGCUAGUGAAGCUGCUGCUGGAGCACAAAGCCAAUCCCAACUCCACCACCACAGCAGGACACACACCCCUACACAUCACUGCCCGGGAAGGUCAUGUACAAACCGUCCGCAUCCUAUUGGACAUGGAGGCUCAGCAGACCAAGAUGACCAAGAAAGGCUUCACUCCGCUGCAUGUGGCCUCCAAGUACGGCAAGGUGGAUGUAGCAGAGCUGCUGCUGGAGAGAGGAGCCAACCCUAACGCUGCAGGGAAGAAUGGUCUGACUCCGCUGCACGUUGCUGUACAUCACAACAACCUUGAUGUGGUCAACCUGCUUGUCAGCAAGGGAGGAUCACCGCACAGUGCAGCCAGGAACGGCUACACUGCGCUGCACAUUGCAUCCAAGCAGAACCAGGUGGAGGUGGCCAACAGCCUGCUGCAGUAUGGAGCUUCAGCCAAUGCUGAAUCACUGCAGGGAGUCACACCUCUCCACCUGGCCUCGCAGGAGGGAAGGCCUGACAUGGUCUCCCUGCUCAUCUCCAAACAGGCCAAUGUCAACCUCGGCAACAAGAGUGGAUUGACCCCUCUCCACCUGGUGGCACAGGAAGGACAUGUUGGCAUCGCUGAUAUCUUGGUGAAGCAGGGAGCGUCAGUCUAUGCUGCCACACGGAUGGGUUACACCCCUCUCCAUGUAGCGUGUCACUAUGGCAACAUCAAGAUGGUGAAGUUCCUCCUGCAGCAACAGGCCAAUGUCAACAGCAAAACAAGGCUGGGUUACACUCCUCUGCACCAGGCGGCCCAGCAGGGACACACAGACAUUGUGACGCUGUUGCUGAAGCACGGAGCCCAGCCCAACGAGACCACUACAAAUGGCACUUCGGCCCUCGCCAUUGCUAAGAGGUUGGGCUACAUCUCUGUGAUUGAUGUCUUGAAGCUCGUCACAGAGGAGACGGUUUCCAUGACGACCACAGAGAAACAUCGCAUGAGUUUCCCUGAAACUGUGGAUGAGAUACUAGACGUAUCUGAGGAUGAAGGAAUUGCACAGCUAACAUUAGGAGAGGAGCUCUUGGGGACAGAAGGGGCCAGGUACAUGAAGAUGGAUGACAUGAAAGACCAUGAUGACGAUUUCCUCUCCCCCAAGAAAUCACUGGAAAAUUACUCGCCAGCGAUUCCCAGGAUCCCACGAGUCUCUCCAGAGACUGUUAUCCUGAAAGAACAUGAGAUGGACCAGCAACACACUCCACUUCCACUGCCCAAAGAAUAUGAUGACGACUCACUGAUUCCCAGCAGCCCAGCCACUGAGACAUCGGAUAAUGUCAGCCCAGUCGCCAGUCCCAUACACACAGGGUUCCUGGUCAGUUUCAUGGUGGAUGCUCGGGGUGGCUCCAUGCGAGGCAGCAGGCAUAAUGGUCUGCGUGUCAUCAUACCUCCGCGGACCUGUGCGGCCCCCACCCGCAUCACCUGCCGCCUGGUGAAGCCACAGAAGCUGACUAGCCCCCCUCCACUGGUGGAGGGAGAGGGGCUGGCCAGCAGGAUCAUCUCCCUGGGUCCAGCUGGGAUGCAGUUCCUGGGACCAGUGAUCGUGGAGAUCCCCCACUUUGCUGCUCUGGGUCGUGGUGACCGAGAGCUCGUGGUGCUGAGGAGCGAGAACGGAUCUGUCUGGAAAGAACAUCGCAAUCGCUACGGUGAUGAGGUUUUAGAAACAAUCCUCAACGGGAUGGAUGAGGACUUAGAAAGUCAAGAGGAGCUCGGGAAGAAGCGAAUUCGCAGAAUCAUCUCCACUGACUUCCCCCUUUACUUUGCUGUCGUAUCACGCGUCCAGCAAGAGAGCGAUCUGAUUGGUCCAGAGGGAGGUUCUCUGACAAGUAAAUUGGUGCCGCUGGUCCAGGCCACGUUUCCGGAGACAGCAGUCACCAAGCGAGUGCGACUGGGGCUGCAGGCUCAGCCAGUUCCAGAUGAACUGGUUGCAAAGCUGCUAGGUAACCAGGCAAACUUCAGCCCUGUGGUUACUGUGGAGCCUCGGCGGCGCAAAUUCCACCGACCCAUUGGCCUGCGCAUACCCCUGCCCCCGUCCUGGAAGGAGAGCCCCAGAGACUCCGGGGAGGGCGACACCACCAGUCUGCGCCUGCUUUGCUCCGUCAUAGGUGGCACAGCGCCGGCACAAUGGGAGGAUAUCACUGGCACGACCAAACUUAUCUAUGCUAAUGACUGUGCCGGUUUCACAACCAAUGUAUCAGCACGGUUCUGGCUGGCAGACUGUCCUCGGACAGCUGAGGCCGUCUCCUUUUCCAACCUGCUCUACAGAGAGCUGUCAGCUGUACCCUACAUGGCCAAGUUUGUUGUGUUUGCAAAGAUGAAUGAGCUGCGCGAGGGCCGCCUGCGCUGCUACUGCAUGACCGACGACAAGAUGGAUAAAACCCUGGAGCAGCACGAGAACUUCACAGAGGUGGCUCGGAGCAGAGACAUAGAGGUGAUGGAGGGAAUGCCACUUCAUCUGGAGUGUUCAGGAAAUCUGGUGCCAGUGAGGAAGGCUACCCAGCAGCCCCGCUGCUUCAGCUUCCAGGCCUUCAGAGAUAACAGACUUCCUGUGUCUGUUAAGGUGAGAGACAGCAGUAAAGAACCCACUGGAUUUUUGUCCUUCCUGCGCAAGACCACUAAGUAUGAGGACAAUCAACAUGUGCUGUGUAACCUCAACAUUACCAUGCCUCCGUGCAUCAGGGUUGUGGGAAGUGAAGACCGGAGGAGAACUCUGACCCCGCUCGCUUUAAGAGAAAGAUACAGCGCCCUGAAUGAGCCUGCAAUGGCAUCAAUGAGUGCCAUGGAGAGGACUGAGCUGAAAAUGGCUGUGAUUGCAGAACAGUUGGGACUGAGCUGGGCCGAGUUGGCACGUGAGCUUCAGCUCAGCGUGGACGACAUCAAUAAAAUCCGUGUGGAGAAUCCCAACUCGCUGCUGGAGCAGAGCUCAGCACUGCUCAACCUGUGGGCCACCCGCGAGGGCAAGAGGGCCAAGAUGGAGAGCUUGUACACAGCUCUGAAGAGCAUUGACCGCAUGGACAUCGUCAGCAUGUUGGAGGGCCAGCCGCCUCAGCCUGCGAGACAAGGAUCCCGUGAUCUGAGCCGACGCCGACACAACGAAAGAGAACACCUCUCCCCUGGUAUGACCAAUGGUUAUGGGCUCGCGCAGGAUGAGCUUCUCUCGCCGGCCUCCAUGCAGUACAGUCUGCCCUCCCCGCUGGGCGCUGAGCCUUACUGGCAGGAAGUCUCCAGUCUGGACUGUGCACCCAUUGCCACCACAGAAGAAGACACGCUCAUGGAGAUGUCUGACGUGCAGGUGUGGCCCUCAGGCAACAGUCCCUCCCUGGUGCCCGUGGAGGACUCCUCGCUGGAGUGCAGCAAUGCGGAUGAUUCAGAAGGUCUGCUGGGGCUGCCAUAUGGAAGUCUGGGUCGGCCGGCCAGUCAGGCCAGUGCAGCCAGUGGAGGGGGUGGGGUGCUGAGUGGUUCCAUUGAGCUGCCCGAAGACGAUUCAGAGAUGGGCGUUGACUCACUCAGCACUGCCACGCCAGCCUCGCUUGGGGGCACCAUCGCUGGGAUCAAUCUUAACGGUCUGAACAAUGGUCAGGGGUCAGAGGCAAGCUCGGAGGUAUCGGCAGUCACCAGCACAACUGGUGGAGGAGCUGGAGGAGGAGGUGGAGGAGGGACGGGCUCAGACGAAGGGAUUUCUCUUGUUGCAGGACAACAAAGGGUGUAUGCUCGGCUGAGUGAGUCACCUGGUCUGAGCUGUGUUGCAGAUCGAAAUGGAGACAGGUCAGGUAAUGGUGGAAACGGAGGUGGUGGAGGCUCUUUCCUUUCCUACCUGCAGGAACAGACAGGCCCAGGGUGGAUCCCUGUUACUGACCCCACUCAGGCCUGGGUGGGCAGUCAGCCUAAGCCCAGUCAGGCUAUGGACACCAUGAUGUCAUCAGUACGUAACGCUGUGGACGGAGACCAAUCUCCUAUGUCCCAGGAGGCCUUGCUUCAGCCUGUGAGGGACAUGGGUCACUCAGAGAUCUUACGGGGUCACUUCAGAGGUACCCAGCCGUUUGAGAAGGGGUUGGGCUUCCCACACAGGGUACCAGAGCUGAGGGCCUGGGACGACGUUCGCCUGAAGGGACAGGGCGAUGAGGUUGAAGAUCUUCCAGGGGAGCAAGUAAGCGAGGAACAGUUCACAGAUGAACAUGGAAACAUUGUCACAAAAAAGAUUGUGCGUAAGGUCGUGCGCAGAGGAAAGGGCUCGGGUGAGGAGGGGGUUCAGGAGGUGUGCAUGGAGGGUUCUCUGCAGGACACCAAUGAGCUGGAGGUCGAUGCUGAGCAGUUCAUGAGCUACGCCAUCCUGGGCCGGGACGGCAGCAAGCCCGAUACUGUGGAUGUGAAGAAAGGUGCUCAGAUAGUGAAAUGCGCCAGUCUGCGGAGAGUUAAGCAGUGAGGCAGACUGAGCGCUGCGUCCCCUCAGAGUUCUUCGCAGGAUUCAACCCCUUCACCAAAACCAUCCUAUAUGGACACAUGACCAGAAGCAGCUGGCAAGAGGAAGAACACG